GUGAAUGGUGGAAGUCGCUGUGCUGGGAGAGUGGAGGUUCUUCAUGAUGGACAGUGGGGAACAGUGUGUAGUUCUGCCUGGGAUAUGAAAGAUGCUGCAGUGGUGUGUAGAGAGCUGCGCUGUGGGGAACCUGUAGAGGUGCAGUAUGAUGCUCACUUUGGAGAAGGAUCAGAAGAAAUCUGGAUACAUGAUUUGUACUGUAGAGGAUAUGAGUCAACACUGAACAACUGUAGCUCACAACAGGGACAUUCCUGUGAUUAUAUUCAUAAUGCUGGAGUCAUCUGCUCAGGUGAAAAUCUGAGACUCAGUGCUGGUCCUCACCGGUGCUCUGGGAGAGUGGAGGUGCUUCAUGGAGGUUCCUGGUCCACAGUGUGUGAUGCUGACUUUGACCAGCAGGAUGCAGAGGUUGUGUGUCGAGAGCUGGGCUGUGGGAUUCCUGUGAAGGUGCUGGGAUCAGCUGCUUUUGGCCGAGGGGAGGGUCAGGUGUGGACAGAGGAGCUUCAGUGUAGAGGAAAUGAAUCUGAGAUUACCUUCUGUCCAACAUCAUCUUCACUCAAACACUCAAACUGCUCCCAUUACAACGAUGUGGGAUUAAUAUGUUCUGGCAGUGUGAGAUUGAUGAAUGGUGGAAGUCGCUGUGCUGGGAGAGUGGAGGUUCUUCAGGAUGGACAGUGGGGAACAGUGUGUGGUCUUAACUGGGAUAAGGUUGAUGCUGCAGUGUUGUGUAGAGAGCUACACUGUGGGGAGCCUGUAGAUGCACCACAAUCCGAUCAAUUUGGAGAAGGAUCAGGACCAAUCUGGAUGGUUGAUGUGCACUGUAAAGGAUCAGAGUCAACAUUGAAGAACUGUAGAUCUAGUGGUAUGGGUUAUUACUGUGGUCAUGAUAAUGAUGCUGGAGUCACCUGCUCAGGUAAAAAGCUGAAUUAAAAAAAAUAAAUUACAGUUACAUUAUUAACAUG